AUGGAUUACAACGGCUAUAGUGGCAACAACUACAAUACCACCAGCUAUGGCGCUCAAGGUGCAGCCAACGGCGGCGGCUUUAUGGGCGGCGAGGUUCAAAGCAGCCCAGCAGGAGCAAAAUCUGGAUACGGGAAAGAUACAGUCAGACCGGUGACUGUCAAACAGAUAUUAAGAGCUGAACAUCCUCAUCCUGACGCGGAAUUCAAGAUCGAUGGAGACAUUGUCACACAAUUGACCUUCGUCGGCCAAAUACGCAAUAUUAGUACACAAGCUACGAACAUUACGUACAAGGUAGACGACGGAACUGAUAUAAUCGAGGUCAAACAAUGGCUGGAUAGCGAGGCGAAUCAAGAUCAGAUGGACAUGGACACUAAACCAAAAUUAGUGGAAGACAGCUACUGCAGAGUCUGGGGAAGAUUGAGAGCUUUUCACGACAAGAGACACAUACAAGCGCACAUUAUCCGGCCGAUAACUGACUACAACGAGAUCAAUUAUCACCUGCUCGAGGCUACAGCAAUGCAUCUGUUCUUCAAACACGGUCCUCCAAAUGGUGCCGCUGGAAAUGAUCAAAAGGCUGGUCAGAACGGUCAGACAAAUGGCAAUGCGGCAGAGACUGUUGGAGGCGUAGAACUGCCGAAACACUUAUCACCCAGGGCGGUCGCAGUCUACAAAUACCUACGAAACUCACCUCAGAGUAACGAGGGUCAGCAUGUGCAACUGAUUGCCAGCAACACUGGUAUGGAAGUGGAUGCAGUCUUUAGAGCUGCAGAAGAGCUAGUGGAAGCAGGAUUGACCUUCACUACUGUGGACGAAUCAACUUGGGCUGUACUCGAUUUCUAG